AUGCAUUGCUUCGAUAUCUUUACACCCUUACUCUUGUUCGCUGUCUCGCUCCUUGCAGCCCCUGCCCCCCUUCCCGAUGCCAUCCUGCGUGCCAGGCAGGCCGAACUCCCCGGUUCACUGGCUGGGGCGCAAUUAGGUCAGCCUCCCAGCUCCGUCGACGAUGCCAAAGCCAAGUUGAUGGCCAUCUAUGGGGAUGGGAAGAAACCAGGCAACAUAUUUGACGUUUCUGCCAGCCUGGUCUCAGGCGGCCUGGUCACCGACUCUGUUGCAGCGAUCACCAAGCAAGUCCUCGGAGUCCUCACCGGGGAGAACAGCCACGACAACAAUAACCCAGCGCCGCCGACCACUAUUUUCCCUCAGAAGGGGCCGUCGGAUGCCCCAUACUCCGUUGAUGAGGCUGCGUUGCGAGCUGCCAUCUUCAUGCCUAAGGAUUUUGCCGCUAAGGACAAGGCCGGCCAACAACCCAUUGUUCUGCUGCCUGGCACCGGAAAUACGGGCUUCAUUACUUUCCAGGGUAAUUACAUCAAGCUACUACAAGCCGACAGCCGCUUCAAUCCCAUGUGGGUAAACAUCCCUGGCUACCUUCGUAACGACGCUCAGACGAACUCCGAAUACGCCGCCUAUGCUAUCAACUACAUUGGUGCUAUGACCGGAAAGAAGGUUGGCGUUAUCGCGUGGUCACAGGGAAACCUUAACGCCCAAUGGGCUUACAAGUAUUGGCCGUCGACCAUCGACGUGACCGCCGAUCACAUCGGCAUCUCAGCAGACUACCACGGCACCGUUGAGGCAAAUUUGAUUUCCCCGCUUGGAAUCAUCAACUCCCCGUCAGUCCUACAACAGAAGUUCAACAGCGAUUUCAUCACCACGCUGCGCGCUGAUGGUGGCGACUCGGCCUACGUGCCCACCACGAGCAUCUAUUCUGGCUUCCUUGACGAGAUUGUCGAGCCGCAGCAGGGCCAGCUCGCCUCGGCUUUCAUCCAAGAUGCUCGUGGCGUUGGUGUCUCGAACAACGAGGUCCAGGUGCUGUGCAAAGGCAUGGAGGCCGAUUCAAUUUACACCCAUGAAGGCACACUGUAUAACCCCAUCGGCUAUGCUCUUGCCAUUGACGCCCUGACAAAUGAAGGCCCCGGUGACUUCAACAGGGUAGGAACUGCUCCCUGCAACAGCUUCCUCGCCCAGGGUCUCGAUGAAGGUGACUUCGUUGUCACGGAGAACAGCAUUUUAGUCGCCGCGGUGGCCCUCAUCUUCGAUCCAAACAAGUCAUUCACCGAACCGCCGAUCAAGUCAUACGCGAAGUGA